GUCAUUUGUUUUGGCAGCGAGCUGCAUCUGACGUCGGGUUUCUUGAUACUUUUACAAGAAAAAUCUACUUUUAACAUAUUAUCAACCAAACAGCCAAGAUGUCAUCGCCACUAGAUAAGCCUCAGAUUAUUUCGCAUUUUCAGAAGAGUUUGAACUACACGGUGUUUGACAGUAAAUGGAUUCCUUGCAGCGCGAAGUUCGUCUGCCUGGGGAACUAUGCGAGAGGAACUGGAGUAAUGCAGAUAUAUGAAGUACAGCAAGGAGAGGCUCAGCUUAUCAAGGAGCAAGAAUUUCCUAAACCAAUCAAGUGCGGGACAUUCGGGGCCACAUCUCUUCAACAAAGACACUUAGCAACUGGGGAUUUUGGUGGAAAUCUCAAUAUAUGGAACCUGGAGGUGUCUGGUACUCCGGUGUUCAGUGUUAAGGCCCACAAAGAGAUCAUUAAUAGUAUUGAUGGUGUCGGCGGCCUGGGGAUCGGUGAUGGCGCACCCGAGAUAGUCACUGGAAGCAGAGACGGGACAGUAAAGGUGUGGGAUACCCGACAGAAGGAUUCACCUGUAGCCAACAUGGAGCCCGGGGAAGGAGAAACUAAGAGGGACUGCUGGACGGUUGCAUUAGGUCAUGCCUUUAAUGAUCAGGACCGCUGUGUGUGUGCUGGCUACGACAACGGCGACAUCAAACUCUUUGACUUGAGAAACAUGUCUCUACGGUGGGAAACCAACAUUAAAAACGGGGUAUGCUGCGUGGAGUUUGACAGGAAAGACAUCAACAUGAAUAAACUGGUUGCCACGUCACUGGAGGGAAAAUUCCACGUCUUUGACAUGAGGACCCAACACCCCACCAAGGGCUUCAGCUCCGUCUCAGAAAAGGCUCACAAGUCGACCAUCUGGCAGGUGAAGCACUUGCCUCAAAACAGAGACAUCUUCAUGACUACCGGGGGGGCAGGCAACCUACAUCUUUGGAAAUAUGAGUAUCCCUCUCAGAGAAGCAAGACAGACUCAGACGACUUGGCCGUGGGCGUAGCUGGCUCCGUCACGCUGUUACAGAACGCCACGCUGUCCACGCAGCCAAUCGCCAGCCUGGACUGGAGCCCCGACAAGAAGGGCCUGUGUGUGUGCUCCGGCUUCGACCAGACUGUGCGCGUGCUCAUCGUCACCAAACUCAGCCAGGUGUAAAAAGAAGUAGACCAGAGACUGAAGGGGAAGAUCUGUGCAGCCGGAUGCAAAAUGAGACACAACUGCAGAGAUACUUUUACAAUACAUCUCUGCCUGUUUGUGAGGAUGAAUGGUUUUUUUUUUCUACUGGGAGUUCUGUCAGCUGUAAAUCUCAAUGUUGUACAAUUAACAAUCAUCUUGUCAUAAAACUAUUUAAGUCAAAUUAACUUCUUGGUUUGUGUUCAGCUGCUCUGUCUCAUGCUAUCCCCUAAAGAAAUGUGCAGUGCUUUGCUUUCCUUGUUGAGUCAUUCCUAGCAUUCGGUGCCAUUUCAGCUAGGUUAAUCCAAAAUAAAAAACAUAAUUUUC